AUGAUUCGCAACCAUAAAUCAUUAUCAGAAGAAGAAAUAUUGUUGCUUCUCAAAGGUGAUUUAUCUGAUUUGGACCUUGAUAUGUCUGAUGUGGAGGAAGAUAUUGAAAAAGCUCGGCAUCAGGACCCUACUACAGUGGAUAUACAGUUUCUUCAAGAAAUGGACCUUGAUAUGGUUGAAAUUCUGGACCCUCAAGACAAUGAUGAAAAUGAUGUUCCCUUAGCUUCAAGAUUACUUGCUGAGCCAAACCUUGCACCAAGUCAUUCAGCUCAGAAAAUUCAGUGUGAUACACACCGGGAUCUUUGGUGGAGAAUGAAGGACAUUGAAGAAGUGGACACAUCAUGUAAUGCAGUUUUUUCUGACCCUCCAGGAGAUGAACUGACACCUUUGCAGUAUUUAAGAACAAUGUGUAGUGAUGACAUUAUCCAGAACCUAGUCGAGCAAUCUAUUCUAUACUGCACACAGAAAACAGCUGCAUCUUUAGAUACAAAUGUUCGUGAAAUAGAAAAGUAUAUAGGGAUGAACAUCCUAGCAGGUGUUUUGAAAAUGCCUAGUUACAGAAUGUACUGGCCAGAGGCUACAAGGUUUUCUCCAAUAGCUGACUCAAUGCCUAGAAAUAGGUUUGAUAAGCUAAGAAAUUAUUUACAUGUGAAUGACAACACUAAAAUGAAACAAAGAGAGGACCCUGAUUAUAACAGGCUGUUCAAGUAUGUAAAAAGCAAACCACACAAGUGGGGUAUAAACGUUUUUGCCCAUGCUGGUUCUAGUGGAAUUGUAUACGAUUUUGAAAUAUACCGAGGGAAAGGAACUGUACAUAAUGAUACUGGUCUUGGUAUAAGUGGUGAUAUUGUGAUAAGGCUUCUGGAAGGACUGCCAAAAUAUAAAAAUUUUAAAGUGUUUACAGACAAUUGGUUCACCUCUUACAAUAUUAUUCCUGCCCUGAAAAACUAUGGCAUUUUGGCUGUUGGAACUGUUAGACCCACAAGACUUCAAGGCUGCAAUCUAAAAGCAGACAGUGAGCUGAAAAAGCAGGGACAAGGCUCAUACGAUUAUCGAACUGAAACAGAAAGGAACAUCAUAGCGCUGAAGUAG